AUGAAGAAAGGAGUAACGUUACUGCGCAUAGUAGUCAACGCAAUAUGUCUGGUUAUCGUUUACGGUGCAUCGGAGUCUCCACAGUAUACAGUGGUUCACUCGGAGUCCGAUUUCGAGAUCAGGCUCUAUAGAACCUCCGUUUGGAUGGCCGCUUCUGCUCUCGACAUCUCCUUCGAGAAAGCAACCUGGGAUGGUUUCCACAGGUUGUUCCAGUUUACAGAAGGAGCCAACCUCAACUUCUCACGAAUCCCAAUGACCGUUCCCGUCUUGACAACCACUGUCCCUGGAGCCGGUCCCCUCCAGUCCCAAGGCUACUACGUCAGUUUAUACUUACCCAUUAAGUUCCAAGGAAACCCACCGCUGCCGCUUCCAGAACUCAAUAUCAGACCCUAUGAAUUCACCACCCACUGCGUUGCGGUUAGAAAGUUCUCUGGAUUCGCCAAGGAUGGGCGGAUUGUCAAGGAGGCGGAGAAGCUUGCCACCAGCCUCAGUCGCUCUCCCUGGGCUCCCUCCACCACUCGCCGUGGUUACUCAAUUGCACAGUACAAUACUCCGAUCCGAAUUGUGAGUCGCAAAAACGAGGUGUGGGUGGACGUCGAUGCUCCUGAAUUAGGCUGUGAAUCGGUUGGUGUUGCCGCGUAUUGA